AUGUCUGUCGGUGAAAUGGAUCGCGGUGAUAUUAGACGUGGUAUCGUUUCUUCGCCUACAAAUACGAAAUCGACAGUGGAAUAUACUAUAGAAUCGACGACAACUUAUUCAACAUCGAAAGAAAUCUCUUAG